UGUAGUUACGAUGCACAGAAUUAAUUUUUACGAUUCUUUUUUUUAAUUAUACCCUAUUUUAUAAAAAAUCAAUUGAAAAUGAGUAAUUACAAUUUGGAAAUCUCUUAGGAAAUGAGUUAGUAAGUAGUUAAAAAUUAUAUGAUCCAUGCUGAGGGUGCUAGCUAGCUAGUAAUCCAAAGCCGAAUAUAAAAAUCGCGGAAUCACAUCAUCGCAUACUCGCUGGCUGUCUGGCUGCUGGGCCUUUUGGGUUUGCAUUUUUAUUGUUUCCGCGCACGUGCAAUAAUAUAUAAAUGAAACACAAUUGAAUACGGUGAGACCACGGCCUGCAGGCUCAACUGCAGACGGCGCAAAUGGAUCAAUUCUCGCACGACUUGACGCUGGCCCUGGAGGAGACCUCGCUGAUGGACAGGGCGUGCGGCGUUGGUAGGUGGGGUUCACGUCGCAGAACCCGAUCGACGGGUAAUUUGCCUUGUGCGCCACAGCCCACAGAGGAUUCGUCGAGCAGCCCCACGGACACAGCGAACGCUCAUGGACAUGGACAUGGCCACGGACACGGGCACAGUCAUGGCCACGGACACGGACACGUACACGGCCAUGGCCAACAUCACCACCACCAACACCCAAGUGCCAACGUAGACGGACUAGACCUUAAGCUGGCGGCCAGCGACUCGGAUGACAAGGCGGGUGCCAUGCUGCCGCUCCGCCUACCAGUCAAAACGCUGAACGCAGCGGCCGCCGUUCGCAUGGGGGCAGGUGCGCUCGAGUCGGACUCCCUCAACGAGACGAACUUUAGUCCAGCACGUUUCUACAAGCCGAACUCGCGGCGCAAGCGAAAGAUAAAGCGCAUGUCCAUGGAGUUUGAAUUCAGCAAGGACUCACAUCCGGGCGCCUCGCCGCACAGCUGCACGGAGUCCCCACUGCAGCCGGGAAUGUUGGGCGGUGGCGGUGGCGCAUGCAGCGGCUUGGCAUUGGCCUCGACGGGCACCGUUCGCAAGCGCCUGAUAAAGGCGGAUGCCGGCAAUCGAUCGAAUUUCUUUUUCUGCGGAAAGCGAAAGCGCUCGAAUCGCGACCGCUACCACGAACAGGAACCAGGCACCGGCUCGGGCAUUGGGUGCAGCAACAAGCUGCACUCUUCUAGCGUGCCACGCUACACCCACAUGGAGGAGUACCAGCGGAUGCGACCGCGCAGCUACUCCUCCACCUCCAAGCCGCACAGCGACCGCCUGUUGCCCCUCAACAAGGGACUGCUAUCGAAGAUCAAUCGCAUGGCCCAACAAACACAAAAGACUGACAAUGCUGACGAAGAUGCCGAUGACGAUGACACCCCGAAGACCGGACAGUCCACGCAGGAGCUGCAGCAGCUGCAGGAGCUGGAGGAACUGUCCAAAAGCAAGUCGUCAGCGGGCCGUGGAGAGCGACAGAGUGCUCCCCAGCCAGCAGUAGAUCCCGCUGCCUCCGUGCUCACCGUCACCGACAUCCUGGGCAGCUUCAGCAUGGACACCAUAGUGCCCGUCACCGACAUCGAGUCGCUCCUCAGCACACCCGACAAGGUGCCACAGGUGCCACGCCAGCAAAAAAGCAAUAGCGCCUCCAAGGCCCAUCGGCGACGCCGCUUCUGCCAGACGCCGCAGCCGCUGCAAGCGCAAUCCAUGGACAUCAGUGAGCUGUACGAUUUCCUCAGCUCAAGCUCGCUGAGCUCCUCAUCGGACAGCGAGGAUGGAGGCCAUAGGCGCCACGACACUGGCCGCGAGGGCGACGACGAGCUAACCGACUGGCCGGGCAACGAGUUUGGGCCCGGGGGCAAGUAUGAUCCCAAGCGGAAGCUCACCAAGAAGUCACUGCUCUCGCAGAUACGCUCGGAUGAUACGAUUGGCGAGGACGACACCCUCAUGUCGGGCACGGAGACCACUGUGGCCGCAGAGAGUGCUCCUCAGGCACAGACGCCUUGGCUGACGGAUGCAUUGCAGGAAUUGGCACGCUUUCAGCCCGCACCCGCCUCGGAGCCCAUUGAGAUUCAGGGCGGGGCCAGUGGCUAUCGUCAUGCCACUGCGAGCUUCAUCGAUGUGAAUCACUGCCUGGAUAUGGACAUCAAUGUGGACACAGUGCCGGCGGUGAAGCAAAUCGAGAGCGAGAUGUCCGGCGAGACAUCGAACCCAUUCCUCUCCUCCUCGCCGCCCGGACAGGUGCAGGAGGUGCGCGAAAUUCGCGCCGGCUGUCGUCGCAUCAAUGGCGAUCGGCCCGGCUUCAGCAUAAAGCUAAGCGUGAACGAGCGACUCGCACGCUUUCUGCAGGAUCCGCGCCAGACCCAGAUCCGGCUGCCCGACAUGGAGAUCAGCGAGUCCGACAGCCUCUACAACCUGGCCAACCUGUACUCGCUCACGAUGGUUGUGGAGCACGGCUGCACAGUGCUUACGAAGACAGGGAAUACCACACAGUCGGUCAGCGUGGAGCAUCCACAGCAGCGUGGCCUACCGCAGCAUCCGGAUCUCUUUGGCGACUUUAAGCGGCGCUGCUAUGGCGACGGUGAGGGAGAUGGCGAGAGGGAGAACGAAACUAAAGUGUUGGACAACAAAUGACUAAUCAGAACCUGAACACCGGACCAGUCCACCACCCACAGCGUCAGGAAAUGAAACUCGCUGCGAAGUAAAACUUCGAGGAAUUUCAGGACCUGCCUACGCUUGCCUAAGAGCGAGAGCGAGGAAACGAGAACGAGUGCGACAGCUACAGCGACAGCGAGUUAGAGAAAUAGAUUCGAUCUGACGUUACAACGAGUAAUAUUAAAGCUUUUAAGAGUGUUCUUGUAAA